AUGGGGGAUGGAGGCGGUGGCCGAACUAAUGCCCACGAGCUGUACAAACUGAAGCAGCGAGCCGUGGAGUACUAUCGAAUGAACGAUGUGCCCCGACACCUGGAGGACCUGCUCAACUCCACCUUUUACCUCCAGCCUCCCGACGUCUAUGGGCACCUGGCAAACUGCUUUUCGAAGCUUGCAAAGGCUCCUACUAUAUACAAAGUAAUAGGGAGAAUAGUACUGGAUGGUAUGGGUCAUCAAACUCUCAGAGUCGAAAUAUUCUGCACAGUUCAAAACCAGGUUAAGAGCAUUGCUUCUGCUGUCAUCUCUUCUCACUUGGAAGUACUUGAAACUGCCAUGCCUGACAUGGUGGAUGCAGUGGAACUAGAACGAAACGAAGCCAUCAGUGCGGCUGUGCAGUGGGUAAAUGAGUCAAUGACUGAACUUCUGGAAGGACUGGAACCAACCCAACAGGAGGUGGUGGAUCAGUUACUUUCGAAUUUUUUUGCAAAUAAAGUACAAGAAGAUAAAGAGAGUAAAGAAUUAGAACUGAGCCUGGAGCAGCCAUUAUCCCAAGGAUCCCUUGCACCUCAACCAUCACCACCACCGCCGCCACCACCACCACCUCCAAAGAAGAAAGGACAAAGAGGCAGGAAGGAGACUGUUUCAGAGAAACCGAUCCCACCAGCAGAACCUCCUGAGCCCAUACUCCAUGGUAGUAUGGCCAUAGGAGCUGUAUCAUUAGCUGUGGCUAAAACAUGUGCCACCCUGACCAAUACUCCAAUGUACUUAAAUAUUGCAUCACUGAAAUACAAACAGGAAUCACCAAAGUCACUGGCUCUUCCUUUAUUGAUGGUUACCAUGCUCAGCUGUGGGAAGUCAUCACCUGGAAAACUGAAUCUGAUGAAAGAAGUGAUCUGUAUCCCACAUCCUGGAUUAACAGUUCAACAGGGUAUCACAAUGCUUCUAGAAAUUCAGAAACAAAUUAUAAAGAUUAUUGACAAACCACAUACUCCAAAACCAGAGACCAAAAAAAGCCAUAAUGGAGGAAAAAAGGGUUCAACUCAAAUAGUUGGCAAGUUGUCCUAUAUAGGUUGUUUAUCAAUCAACUAUGAUACUAUUGAACAGCCAUUGCUCUUACUACAAGGAAUCUGUGGAAACCUGGGACUGGAGCUAGGAAUCAACUUAUAUUUAGCCAUAAACUGUGCUGCACAUGAAUUGAUUGACUAUACUAGAGGAAAGUACGAAGUGACAACAGGAGUUUUCAAAAAUCCAUCUGAGAUGGUUGAUGUAUAUGUGGACCUGAUUAAUAAAUUCCCUUCAAUCACUGCAUUAAUUGAUCCUGUGAGAAAAGAGGACAUUGAGCAGUGGGACAGCAUCUGCAAUGCUCUUGGUUCCAGGUGUAAUAUCAUUGCAGGAACUGCAUCCAAAAGUGUCCACAAGCUUCUAGAAGAACAAAAUGUCAGCACUCCUAAAUCCAGUGGGUUGAUCAUAAAACAUACAAAUCAAACUACAAUAUCUGACUUGAUAGAAGUUACCAGGAUUAUUGAGAGUCAAAAGCGCAUUGCCAUCUUAGGAAGUACUGAGGGAGAAUCUUCUGAUGAUAGCCUUGCGGAUUUGGCUGUUGGACUGGGCGUUCGUUUUCUCAAGUUGGGAGGUCUCUCUCGAGGCGAGCGGAUGACUAAAUACAACCGCCUUUUUACCAUAGAGGAAGAACUCGUCCAGAGCGGAACCCUGACCCCAACUAAAGGGCAAACAUUUAUUGACUUCGAUGAAGAACAAAAAGCAGAAGAGGCACUUGUGGCUACUUUGUCUUCUGUCAAUGCUGGGAGGACAGAGAGUGACACAACUCGAUUCUCAACAAAACCCGAAGCAGUAAAAUAAUGUGGAUCUUUUGAUUAACUGCAUGGUGUUCCAGUGCAA